AACAAAAAUAAACACAAUCAGAUUUGCGAAUAUCUAAGAAAACAAAAACAUCAUCUAAAAUCUAGCAUCUCUUAAUUCUCUUUGUUGUUAAUUUCUUUAGAUAUUCUAGAUAGAUAUACAUCUAGAUCUAGAGGAAAAUGUACUUUCAUUUCUUCUUAGCCAUUCUAUCAGUUACAACAGUUUUGUCUAAUCCUACAGGGUCCCAAUGUAAAUUCACCCAAGAAGCUCUGGAAAAAGACUUGCUGUCAUGUGUUGCACACGACCCAAAGCUUAUGCUGGAAAUCAUUGAGCACCUGAAAAAUCCAGAGUCAAUGUUGAAUGCUGAUUUCAUUUGCAACAACCAGAAAGAUCUAGUUGAUGUACUUAUCUGUAUGGAGAACAAGUUGAUAACAUGUCUGCCAAAUGGAGAAUUUAUUUCGGGUAUGCUUCCAUCAAAGCAGAAAUGGCUUGAAGGAUUGAAAUUUGUUUGUGACCAUAGAACAGAUCUAAUUGAGAACCAGUGUAUGCAGAGCACCACUCAGCAAUUCUUGCAAUGCUAUUUUGGCAAGCUUCAAGGUCUGAGUCAAAUAGCAGCAGGAGGAUUGACCAGAGAUAGUCUACAGAAUGCUCUUUGCAGCAUUGUGAAGAUGGAAGAGUCCUGCAUUCAGUCUUUCCACGGAACUUGCAACCAACAGGUUGUCAGCUUGAUGUUCCAGGCACUGGAGAUUUUUUUCCCUAUGGACAAGUGCCCAGCUGAUAACUUAAACUCGCAAAAUCCACUCUUCAACAGCAUACUGGUUCAUGGGCAGCCACUCCAGUUUAUGCCCCAAGGGGAAAUAAAGUACAACAUUGUUCCAAAUUAAAAAAAAACAACAACUCAUCAUGCAAGUUUGUCCAUUGUUAACUAUUAAAUGCACCUGUGUUAAAUAUAUGUUUUAAUAAUAGAUCUAAUUGAAAUCACUCAUCUAUAGUAUGUACUGGUUAUUUCAUGUCAAAUUUUUCCAGCCAUGAUUUAAGUGGUUUAUUUUAUUAAACAAUGUUAAUCACAAAGGUUUAUGUAAGUGUUUUGUGGCUCAUGCACUGAACACAUAUAAAUGACAUCUAGAUACAUUGUAAACUGAAGCUUAUGAAAGGCAAUACGAAACAGACAUAACAAUUUUGUUUUUGAACCAGUGCCUUUUUUUUUUUACUAUAUGAUUUUCCACACAUUUCUCUGUAGAAGGCUUUUGGUUGUUGUUGUUUUUUUUUCCAUUUGGGCCUAAGAAAUGUGGUCCAAUUGCUAGUUAUAUGUAAGUUAUUAUUUGUAUCUCACAUUUUAUGUGCAUUUGUUUUAUGUUCUAAGCACUUUGUGUCCAACAAUGAGGUAAUGUAAAUUUUCUAAGCUGAUCCUUUUCUCUCCACAUCAGUAAAUAUUGUUUUGUUAAACUAUUAUGCAUAUCUUUUUUUUUAAAUUCCUUUAUUUCCAAUUUACUUGACAUUGUGAAAAAAAAGAGGGGAGGGACCUCACACCUUCUAAUGAUAUUUCCUCUCUCUGGCCACUACUUUGAUCAUUUUAAACUGUUUAUCCUGCCUAGUAAAAUCAACACCCUGUGGGACAAACCAGCAGUAAAGAUCUUGCUAGACGAAGCAACUGCCUAACAUAUUUUAUAAACAUUGCAAGUUAUUCAACUCUGCCAUUGUGAACAAAUACCAGAUAACAUCAACAUAUUUCUCAUGGAAAUUGUGAUAUUUAAUUUCAACUUCACAGCAACUAUAAAUGUCGAUUCCUAUAAAAAAUGAAACUCAUCUUUCAAUGCUAUAUUGAUGUAGCUGUGGCUGUGCCAAAAAAAUAGUCCACAGCUCCAUUCUACUUUAAACUGUGUAUCAAAGAUAUGUAACAUUAAUCUCAUUAAGAUCUGAAGAAUACCAUCCUAAUUUUUAAGUAACUUUUUAUACACAUAUAUGACAAAUAUAAUUUUAUUUGAAAAUAUUCUAGUUUUCUGAAAAUAUCUUCAGUUGAUAACAAAAUCUCAGUUGUAAGCAUAAGCUGAUUAAUACUGAUACAGAUUGAUUACCACUGAACAGUAUGAGAGAGUUUCUCAUAGUUUUUCAAGUAGAAAUAUAUUCAUUCCAGGCUUUACUCUACAGACAUCCCUCUGUGACACUAAAAAUAGACUUCUCAAAUUCUUUGAGGUUAUUUCCUCAGUAAAAAAAAUGUGUGUGCAACAUUUAGCGUAAUAGUAUAGUCAUUCAAGUUUUAUUACAAUUAAAGAUCAAUGAGGAAUGCAGUAUUUUCCAUGGCUGCAACCUACAUAUUUUGUCAUAUUCAGCUCAUAUUUAAAGCUUUUGAUAACCUCCCAUCCCUUAAAAGCCACAUUCUAUUUCCAAAAAAGCUAAGGUUUCAAAGUUAUUACUUGAAUGUCUGUAUGUAGUAGUAAUGUUUCUACAUCUUUGUAAAUCUGUUUUUACCUGCUUUCUUCAAAACAUUUUCUUUUUUGUGAUAUUUUGUAAUGAAUUCAAAUAGGACCUGUGGGUACUUAAAGUUUACAAUGAAAUUUUUAAAAUCAAGAACAAUUUAACAAAUGGUUACAUUUAUUUAUUAAAAGAAACUUAUUUCCAAUUAAA